GGACGCUACUCGCGCUACCGCCAGCAGGUGGGCAGUGGCCGCUUCAAGAAUGUGUUCAAGGGGUUUGACGAGCGGCAGGGCAUCGACGUGGCGUGGAGCAAGAUCGAGGCGGACUCAAACAACCUUGGCCACGAGCAGAUGAAGAAGAUUGUGGAUGACAUCAGCUAUGGAUUAGGCCUGGACCACCCCCACGUCAUCAAGUGCUUCCAGUGCUGGGAGGACUCUGAUCACAGCUGCAUCAACAUGAUCACAGAGUUCUUCACAAGCGGAGCGCUGCGGGAGUACCGCCAGCGGCACAAGAGCCUGGACAUCAAGGCGGUGAAGAAGUGGGGGCGCCAGAUACUGCAGGGCCUGGCCUACCUGCACAACAGGGACCCGCCCGUGGUGCACGGAGACCUGCGGCUGGACAAAAUCUACAUCAACGGCCACAGUGGGGAGAUCAAGAUUGGCGACCUGGGCCUGGCGGUGCUGGCGCCGCGCCGCUUUGCGCCGGGCGUGAUGCCCGAGGGCGACCCCUCAAACCAGUACACUCGCUCCGUGGACAUCUUCGCCUACGGCCUGCUCAUGCUGGAGCUGCUUGGCGGGCGGCGGGUGGACAAGAACGGCGACACGGGGUACCUGGAGCUGCAGGAGCGGCUGGACGGGGUGCAGGACCCGCAGGCGCAGGCCUUCCUGGCGCGCUGCAUGGCGGCGCCGGAGCAGCGGCCCAGCGCGCGGGAGCUGCUGGAGGAUUCAUUC